CGCGUUUUAAAUUUUAUAGAAAAAUCCCAACAUUUAUUCGCGAUUAUUUAAUUUUAAAUCACUUUUUCUCAUGUUUUUACAGUUAUUUUUCGUCUGGAACAGAGCGCAUAGGCGCACCGUCAACUUCAGGGUAUUUACACAAUUUUUAUUGUUUCGUGCUUGUUCUUUUUCUUUAGCCUUUUUUCCGUUUAUUUUAAGUUACCAAAACACCUAUAAUGCAUUACCAACAAAUUAUAAUACAAAUAUUACAACAACAAAUUUGUCAAUGGGGCUAGCUGGACAGCAGCCACAACCUUCUAAUUUAGCAUCAACAAUAAAGCAACCAACGCCGUUGGCAUCGAUUCAACCAUUCCGUUUCAAUUAA